AUUGCAAGUGAGUGCGCUGUGUGCAGGGCCAUCUUUGGUCGUCCUCGCCGGUGACAGUGUGGACACUUUAUUCCAGUGGACAUUAGUGUUGAGUAAUUAUUAAACAAAAUCCAGCUUAGAACAAGCUCGUUUGAAGAAACACUCGGCCAGAGAAAGGGAGUGAACAUCCCGCUACGUGGAGUCACUGUCUUCCUUUGCUCCAACACCCUUCAUUUCUGCAGGCAUAAAGAGGGCGAGAAAGGGAGAGGCGCUGCUCAUACAACAUGGAUGAGGAAUACGAUGUGAUCGUUCUGGGCACCGGACUCACAGAAUGCAUUCUGUCUGGAAUCAUGUCUGUGAAUGGGAAAAAGGUCCUGCAUAUGGACAGAAACCCCUACUAUGGUGGUGAGAGCUCUUCCAUCACCCCGCUGGAGGAGCUGUACAAGCGCUUCAACCUCCCAGAUAGUCAGCCUGAGUCCAUGGGCAGAGGAAGAGACUGGAACGUCGACCUCAUUCCGAAGUUUCUCAUGGCCAACGGUCAGCUGGUGAAGAUGCUGCUCUACACAGAAGUGACACGGUACCUGGACUUCAAAGUCGUGGAGGGAAGUUUUGUCUACAAGGGAGGAAAGAUCUACAAGGUGCCGUCAACUGAGACUGAGGCGCUAGGUUCAAAUCUGAUGGGGAUGUUUGAAAAGCGAAGGUUCCGUAAAUUUUUAGUCUUCGUGGCCAAUUUUGACGAGAACGACCCCAAGACCUUUGAAGGCGUGGACCCUAAAACUACAACCAUGAGGGAUGUUUACAAGAAGUUUGACCUGGGCCAGGAUGUCAUUGAUUUCACUGGCCACGCCCUGGCCCUCUACAGGACAGAUGACUACCUUGAUGUUCCCUGUCUGGAUACCAUCAACCGCAUUAAGCUCUACAGUGAAUCACUAGCACGAUAUGGGAAGAGCCCCUACCUCUACCCUCUGUAUGGUCUGGGCGAGCUGCCCCAGGGCUUUGCCAGAUUGAGUGCUAUCUAUGGAGGAACGUACAUGCUGAACAAACCAGUGGAUGAGAUAGUAGUGGAAGGAGGAAAAGUGGUCGGUGUGAAAUCUGAGGGCGAGGUGGCGCGUUGUAAGCAGCUCAUCUGUGACCCCAGCUACAUCCCAGACCGUGUCCGUAAAGCAGGUCAGGUGAUCCGUGUGAUCUGCAUCCUCAGCCACCCAAUCAAAAACACUAAUGACGCCAACUCCUGCCAGAUCAUCAUUCCUCAGAACCAGGUCAACCGCAACUCAGACAUCUAUGUGUGCAUGAUCUCCUAUGCUCACAAUGUGGCCGCCCAGGGCAAGUACAUCGCCAUUGUCAGCACCACAGUGGAAACCAGUGAACCUGAGACUGAGAUCGAACCAGCUCUGGAGCUGCUGGAGCCCAUCGACCAAAAGUUUGUGGCUAUCAGUGAUCUUUAUGAGCCCACAGACGAUGGAACUGAAAGUCAGGUCUUUGCCUCGAGGUCCUACGAUGCCACCACUCACUUCGAGACCACUUGCAACGACAUCAAGGAUAUCUACAAACGUAUGACGGGCAGCGACUUUGACUUUGAGAACAUGAAGCGCAAACAGAACGACGUGUUCGGGGAGGAUGAGCAGUGAGCUGUAGCAGGGCUCCUGGAAGGAGACCGGGGGGAAAGGGGCAACACAGGGGGUGGGGUCCGGGUUAGAGGAGAAGUCUGUUUGAGCAGUGCUUUAAAAACAAACGUUGGCGGGUGGGUGGGGUUAAAGUGGUGGGGGUGCGUUGCGAGCUGGUUGCCUCCUUUUCCCUGCGUUUCUCUCUCUUUAAAACACGACACUGCUCACACACACACACACACACACACACACUCUGUAUCUCUGUCACUGUAAAGCAGGGUUGAUGCGGUCUUUCAUUCCAUUGUAGACUUCACAGUAUAACCAUGUCUUAACUAUUAUCAUUAGAAGUGAAUUUAUUACAUUUUCCAAGCGUUUCUUACUUUCUGUCUCCACUUUCUCCUCACAUAAGCAGCUGCGGCGGAGAGAAGGCGCGACUUCCCGGCUCAUUGUAGAAUCCUCCAGUCGACAUGCAUGCAUCUUUUACACCGUAGUAUUGUACAUAGACUCCAAACACUGCGAUUCGAAGGCUGGACCAUUCCAAGCAUCGCUCCCUGUCAACCCUGCUUUCACUUUUCUCUUUCUUGGUCUUUUUCUUGUGUUACUUCAAUAGACGCCGCUCCUUUUGGUAAAAAUCUGUCGGUCAGGCAAACACAUAGAAGAAAAAAACAAAAACAAAAAACAACUAAAAAAAGAAAUGAAAAAGUUCAAUAUAAAUGGGCUGUUCUGUCAAAUGAUAGUGCUCACUUUGCAAAUGCUGUUGUGUUCCCUGUGCUAUAGCAGGCAAGCUAACCAGUGGCUAUUAACUUUGAACUCUUCCUUUCCCUUUGUUCGUGUCGUUUUUAUGUCAGUUUUGAAUUUUAAAAAGUUUACUUUUAACAUCUUAAAUUAUUGAAGAGAUUUAUUUCUAUAAUAUUUGGUGCACAUUUCACUGGCUGAAGUUAUGACGUUUACAGAGCUGAGGUCGAAAUUCUGUUUCGGAAGUGGAACAUUUAAAAAAAAAGAAGAAAAAAAAGGGAACAGCGGAGGCUAAAAGGUCAUGGGGAGGAUCAGCCCGGUCGUCUGAGGGUUUCCAUAUAUGAUGAAGUAUUGUUUGACGAUGUGAUGGAUGUGGACCACGGGUGGGAGAAAGGAUGUUUGUGAAGAGAGAUUUUAAUUGGACGUCUGCAGAGUUGAAAAGAGGGAGACUGAAAUUUCAGCUCGUGUUUGUAGUUAAAAGCACCAGACUGUUUCUAGGUUGUUUCAACCCUCACGUCAGUCCCAGAGACCAGUCGUUCCCAUGAGUAGCUGUAGUUGUUGAUUAGAUGCUGAUAGGAUAGGAUUCUCAAAGCCACGCUUAUUAGUGCUGUUCAUGAAUGAACCAUGGUGCGCUGAUUGGAUCGAAGCCUGUGUCCAGUUUAAAUGAAACAAUGGCUUUGAUUAAAGGAUCAGUUUGUGGUCGCUCAGUCUUGAGCCUAACAUGGUAGAAGUAAAAGCUUCCGAUUGAUGACGUUAGAGAUGUGGCUCAUCAGUACUAAAAACAGUUCCAUCCCUCGUCAUCCUCCUCGCUCAGUCCCCUAACCAACCCAAACCGAGUCGAUGUUUUAAAGCGGAUCUUAGUCUUAUUGUUAUCUUAUUUAUUUGGAAUUCCACUGAUGUAAAUGUGUUUUGUCAAAUGCACAUGCUUUGCUGUCAGUCUAAUGAAGUAAUCAACUUUAAAGACAAUGCACACCAUCAUUCUGUUUCUGGGUUGUUUCUUUUUGUUUUUGUUGCUGUGUCACUGUGUUUAUGUUUACCUUAAUAACUGAUCAUUCCAGUGAGGCGUUUCACCGUGAUUACGAGCAUUAAUCAGAAACCUGUUCAGUUUGCUGUAAACAUGGUUUCAAACUGCUCCUCUCUGUCCCUGGAUUAAAAACUGGAAUAAUGUUUACUCUUUUUUUUUUGAAGCCCUCCUUUCUCUGCCCUUACUGCACAUCAAAUACUCGACUCUUACUCUCUCUUUUUUAUUUAUUGAAAACAAAAAGCCUCAUGUGUGAUUGUACCGUUUUGAUUUUCAUCAAAUUCGGCCGCUGAAAAUCACGAUUUGACAAUAUCCCUGGAAUUCGGCAAGAUGAAUCGUUCAGGCUGAGUAGUAGAAAACUUACUGUCCUUGUGUGAUCACUAGUAUGUGAACAAUGCCUAAUGUCUUGUGUAACAUAUAAAAUAAAAUUAAACUACGAAUGAAAUGAUAGAAAAAUAAAAAAAAAAAAGCACAUGGCAAA